GAUUCAGAUUCGGCUACGAUUAACCCAGCCCGUCCGUUUGAGAUGAAGCUAGAAAACAGGUUUUCAUAAAAAAGUGACAAGCUGAAAAUAGAAAACAGUGUUUUUAGAAACGAAUUGAAUAGCCGACUAGGAAGUAACGGCAUAAAAAUAUCUGAGGCUCAGCCAAUCACGAAAAAGUUAUUGCCAAACUGGAAUAUCACGUGAUCUUUGAAUGCAGAAAACAAUACCCCUUCCUGACAUAACUUGCAUUCUGAUACCGAUCAAUUAAUAAUAACGAGCAACGGGUGUGUGUUUUCAUGGCGCUGUAUAACAAGAAGACCAGAUAAAAGUCUGUCUCCUACCUUAUUCACAGCGCUAUCGACGGUAAAAUUGGUCUUUCUACAGUGUGCGAUGUGAAGAUCUGACAGUUGUUCCAGAAAUGAGGUGCCUUUGGAACUGUAUCGAAAGACCAUUGAGCAGGGCUUUUGGUCGGUAUGGGAGGUUUGUAGCAAGGUACCCAUAUCCUUUCCUGCUGAUUCCUAUUUUAGUGGCUGCUACACUGGGUUCAGGAAUGUAUCGACUCGAUUCCUUAAAAAUGUCAGAUGUGGAAUAUCUUUUUACGCCAGAACACGGAAGAGCGAAAGAGGAGCAACGUACAACUAAGAGGUUAUUUUCGACCAAUGAUUCCGGAGCAUUUGAUGCCACAAGAAUGACCACGCUGGGAAAAUAUGGACGGUUAAUCAUCGUGCCAUCCUUAGAUGGAGAGAACAUUCUGCAAUUCAGUUAUCUCACAGAAAUAAUUGAUUUGCACAACCGUGUGCUAGAAAUGUCGGUGAAUGAUGAUAAGGGGGGAGCAUACACGUAUGCCGACGUCUGUGCCACGUGGCAGGACUCUUGCGCAAUAGCUAACCCUCUUUUUUUCUUACUAGGAAAUAAUGCUUCAAAAAUAGCUGAUUUGAACCUUACACAUCCGACUACAGAAGUGAUAACACACACGAUGGGAGCAAAUGGUCUACCGACGCAAAUAUUAACCUCCAUUUUUCCUUGGAGGUUCUAUCGGUGGCGUCAUCGUUGACGAAUCAAAUCUGAUAAUCUCCGCAAAUGCUAUUAAUUUAGUAUAUUAUUUAGAUUCACAAAAUGAACUAUUGGCAGAAAUGUGGGAAUCGUCGUUCUUGGAUACAAUGAAAAACAUGGAUUUCAAAGACAUAAUAGUGGCAUAUUACUCCUCCCAGACCUUGGAGAAAGAACUUGGGGCAAACGCCAAGUCAAUCAUACCUUUAUUCAGUGUAACAUUUACAGUGAUGAUAACUUUCUCCGUCAUUACUUGUAUCAUGAAGGACUGGGUACGAAGUAAGCCAUGGUUGGGUCAAAUAGGCGUUGUUUCCGCAGGUUUAGCCAUAGUGUCUUCAUUUGGACUUAUGCUUCAUGCAGGGGUGCCCUUUAUUGAUAUAGUAGCUUCAACGCCCUUCCUUAUUCUAGCAAUCGGAGUUGACGAUAUGUUUAUUAUGAUAGCCGCAUGGCGGCAGACCAAUCCACGCGACACCGUUGAAAAACGCAUGGAGGAGACAUUAUCUGAAGCAGCCGUUUCCAUUACCAUCACUACGCUUACGGAUGGUUUGUCUUUUGGUAUUGGCGCCAUUACUGAUUUUCCUUCUGUCAGAAUAUUUUGUCUAUACACAGGUGUUGCUGUGCUCUUUGACUUCUUUUUCCAAAUAACCUUUUUCGCUGCCAGCAUGGUUUUUAUUGGAAGGCGCGAGGCGGCAAAUAGGCAUUGCAUGGUGUGUACAAAGGUUAUACCCACGGAUGAAGCAGAAAAUCGUUCCAAAAUAUUCAGAAUAUUUUGCACCGGUGGAACGCCGUCAAAGAAGAAAGAAUGUGAAGAUUUGAAUCAGCAUGUCAUGAUGGAAUUCUUUCGAGAUUAUUAUGGCCCUUUUCUAAAUAAAAUUCCGACCAAAGUUUCUGUGAUUUUAGUAUACGGUUCCUACUUAGGCAUAGCUAUUUGGGGAAUCACAGGAAUGAAAGAAGGCCUCAAACUAAAAAACCUGGCCGAUGAUGCUUCUUAUGCCAGUUCUUUCUACAACCUAGAGGAUAAAUACUUCAAAGAGUUUGGUCCAAAAAUAUCGGUUAUCUUAGAAGGGAAGUUGGAUUAUUGGGAUGGUACCGUACAAACAGAACUGUUUCAUUUAAUAAAAUCUUUUGAGGAUGAAAGGAAUAUAUUUGACAAUUACACGACGGAAUUUUGGCUGAGAGACUUUUUAAGUUUUGUAGAGCAGUACAACUUGACAGUUAAUGAAACCAAUUUUGUUAAUGUGCUAAAACGCGAGUUUUUGCCUAGGAAUGAAAAGUUUUCAUUAGAUAUACACAUGGAUAAUAGCACAGAUAAUAUAGUGGCCUCCCGAUUUCUGGUACAAUCAGUUCGAACCACCACGGCGUCUAAAGAAAAGGAACUUGUUCUACUUGCCAGGCACCUGGCUGAUAAUGCUCAUGUUGAUUUGAGUGUCACUGUUUUCCAUCCUGCCUUCGUUUUCUACGAUCAAUACGUAGCAAUUAUGCCCAAUACUCUACAAAAUAUUGGCAUUGCUCUUGGUUCAAUGGUAGUUAUUUCACUACUUUUGAUCCCCAAUCCUAUCUGUUCACUAUGGGUUGCUUUGUCGGUGGCAUCAAUAGAGGCAGGUGUUGUGGGUUAUAUGGUGUGGUGGGAUGUUAAUCUGGAUUCGGUCUCUAUGAUCAAUCUGAUAAUGUGUAUUGGGUUUUCUGUUGAUUUUUCAGCACAUAUUGCGUAUGCAUAUAUUAGCGCCAACGGUUGCACCGAGAAAAAACUUUCUUCCUCCCUGUUUUCCCUUGGUUUUCCUAUUCUUCAGGGGGCUCUGUCCACGAUACUAGGUGUGCUAGCUUUAUGUGCGUCGUCCGUGUAUAUUUUCAGAACGUUUUUCAAAAUAAUGUUCAUGGUGAUUUUGUUCGGUGCUUUCCAUGGUCUUGUUUUGCUUCCAGUGCUUUUGUCGAUAGUAAUGCCUGGCACCAAAAGGGCGCCCAAUAUUUCACAGUCAAAUUCAAAACAAAAAAAGGAGUUUCAAAGAAGCAAAGGUGAUUUCUCACCCACAUUAAGAAAGUGGAUGAACGAGGUCAGCCGGCCUAGUUUAUAUGGAGUUACAAAUGGCCAUAGUUGUGAGACAAGAAACAAGUCUGAACCUAUCUUAGGCAUGAAUGGUGCGAUGCCAUAUACUAUAACCUUAAAUGUACGAUCUGAACAGUUUUAAUGGCUGAAUGGUGAAGAUUUGCAAAAUUAUGAAGGCCAUGCCUAAUGGUAUAUUUUCCAUUUGAAAGGUUGGCUAAAAAUGAGAAAUUAUUAGUUGCAUGUUUGACAAUUUUGUGCCGUGCUGCAAAGUAAGCUUGUAGUAAAAUUUUGUUGGUAAAAUAUUAUAUUUCAUAUAUUCAGAUCGUGUGACAAUGUUAUGCUAAUAACUAUUGCUUAGUUUAUUUUGUUUGAUUUUUGGUGAGUUUGCAAGACAAUAAGAUACAUGUAGCUCAGGAUUUCAGAAUUCUCACGGGAGCACGACACCCUUCUUGUGUAUGACAGGAACACUAUAGAGAGGAUUGUCUGUAGUUUGGGAUUCAGAAAACGGUGAAAUUAUGCUUUCAAUCUUUCUACGAACUAAAGUUUAGAAUUUAACUGUAUAGGGUAUUAAUAUGUUAAGGUUUAUGUAAAAUGUGUGUAAUAGGAACUGGUUUACAAUAAAA